AUGGCAGGAAUAGGACAGCGUUUUACUUCUGCUGACCACUCUGUUCCCUGGAACACUCAAACACAAUAUACUAUGGGGAGGGCUAUGGUGCAUGAUUAUAAUAAACCUGUCACUACGUACGGAAGUAAUUUUACGAAAAGGCCCUUGUUCGGUACUGGUAAUUCAGUGAAUGCUGGAACACCACCUAGUUUCAGUGAUAUUGCAACUCUUUCAACAACUGGUUAUAACUCUAGACCUGGUUCUUCUCAACGAAAUGGUGAAAUUGUCAAUCCGGUACCCAAUGCGUUUCCUGGUCGGACAACAUAUCCAACUGCACUGGAUUCUAGUCUAGAAAAUGGACCAUCAUACUUCUAUGCAUUAAAUUAUAAUGGUAAUCAAACAGGUCCUCCAAGGAAUUUUCUGAAUCUGCCCUUUUCUCUUCCUUGUCCACUGUAA